CUCCACCUCGAGCGGCCAGCCAACCGCGCGGCCGCUUCUUGAGCCAGGCUCCGCGGUCGCCAUGGCGCCCGGCAAACAUUCCUGAGCUGCUGAGCGGGCAGUUGGGAGUCCGGGCAUCGCCGAACCUGCUGGGGAAGGGGGCGCCGAGCCCUGGUCUAAAAAGUCACCACCAUGCAUAGCUCUCCGACGAGCACCCGCAAGCAGGCCAGCUUCGCCGCGAGUGCCAGUGCACAACCAAGGAAGUCCAUCAGCUUUAUUAACCCAUCAAAAUCAAGUGCAGGGAAAGGAUAUGCUGCCUCAAACCCAAACAAAUUGGCCGUAUCAAGAACUAUGGGUUUUUUAACUGACAUGAAGCCGGCAGAAAAACUAAACGUUCCUAGCGCUAAAACAGUACAGGUGCUUGAUUCAAAAGGAGUUGAUGUCACACCCCGACCUCUCUACCAUCCAGAUCCACAUGCUGCGUCAGCAAAGCCAAACAAACUCUUGACAUCACAAGAAGGAUCGCUUGGAUCAGAUUAUAUUUCUUCCUAUAGCCUCUAUCAGAAUACACUAAACCCUAGCAUGUUAGGGCAGUACACAAGGUCAGUCCUGGGGAGCAGUUCAGUGUCGAAGUCAAGCAUCUCAACAACUGAGUCGAUGUCAGAGGACCUUGAAGAUUCCUCUUACAAGAGGGAUAGAUUGGCCAGUUUUACAGAUGUACGAGUUCUGAGGUCCACAGCUGAGGCAGCCAUAUCAAAGGAAGAGCUGGAGAAGACUAUAGAAAUCAUCCUCACUGAGACGGAAACACUGAGAUUCUUUGACCUGCCAACAGUCAUGUUCUCAACAGAGUCUGAAGAAGCUGAGAAAAUAAUAGAGAAAAAUAAGAAGUAUGAAACCCUUUGUAGAAAUAGAUUAGGCAAUGACUUAUACGUAGAAAGAAUGAUGCAGACAUUUAAUGGAGCACCAAAGAAUAAAGAGGUUCAGUGUGAAAAAAUCAUACUGGAAGAAAAAGGUGUAGUGGCCACUACCUGGGAUUUGUAUGAUUCUUACAACAUUCCAGAAACUUUGCUAGCUGCAAAACGAUCUGGAUAUUCAAGUAAAGGAAGUUUGCCUGCUAAAGACCGGGACCCAAAAAUACAAGACAGUGAAAGUAGUUCUCUAAUGGACAUAGAAAAUGUAAUUCUGGCUAAAGUUCAAGAGGAUGAAGAAGACAACUCAGAGGCAAUAUUAAAGUCUGAUAAGCUUCAUCAAGACUUAUUUUACAUGGAAAGGGUUUUAAUGGAAAAUGUGUUUCAGCCGAAGCUUGCAGCCUACCGUCAACUCCCUGUUUAUAAAGAACACGAACCUGAAGAGCCUGAAGAAACUUUGCAAGUGGAAAAUCUUAAGGUAGCAGAGGACGAGCCGAAGAAGGAAGAUGAAGAAGAAGUGGAAAUGGAACUAGAGCUAGAGAUAGCUACGGAACAGUCAACAAUACCGGCUAAUUUGGAACGGCUCUGGUCUUUCUCCUGUGACUUAACGAAAGGCCUCAACGUGAGCAGCCUUUCCUGGAAUAAAGCAAACCCAGACCUUUUGGCUGUUGGCUAUGGAAACUUUGGAUUUAGAGAACAAAAAAAAGGAAUGGCCUGCUGCUGGUCAAUAAAGAACCCCAUGUGGCCAGAGCGUAUUUAUCAGAGUUCAUAUGGAGUUACUUCUGUGGACUUUUCAAACAGCUCACCUAAUCUGCUAGCAGUUGGCUACCACAAUGGCACCGUUGCGAUUUACAAUGUGCAGAGCAGCCACAACAUUCCAGUUCUGGACAGUAGUGAAUCACCUCAAAAACAUUUGGGACCUGUUUGGCAAGUGCAGUGGAUAGAGCAAGACAGAGGAACUACUGGGGAUGACAAGAGAGAAAUCUUGGUGUCCAUAUCAGCCGAUGGAAGGAUCUCCAAGUGGAUCAUCCGCAAAGGACUGGAUUGUCAUGAUUUGAUGCGACUGAAGCGAACCACUGCGACAGGCGGCAAGAAGGGAGGGGAAAAGGAGAAGAAGGGCGAGGCCUUGAUAUCCCGACAGGCUCCGGGGAUGUGCUUUGCUUUUCACCCCAAGGACACGAACAUCUAUCUGGCUGGUACAGAAGAAGGCCUUAUUCACAAGUGUUCUUGUUCAUACAAUGAGCAAUACCUAGAGACCUAUAGAGGACAUAAGGGUCCAGUGUAUAAAGUCACAUGGAACCCAUUCUGUCCCGAUGUCUUCUUGAGCUGUUCUGCAGAUUGGGGUGUUAUGAUCUGGCACCAGGAUACCGUCAAGCCUUUUUUGAGUUUUUACCCAACAACUUACGUUGUUUAUGAUGUUUCCUGGUCCCCCAAAUCCGCAUAUAUUUUUGCCGCUGCAAAUGAGAAUAGAGUAGAGAUUUGGGACCUUCAGAUCAGCACUUUGGACCCUCUGAUCGUGAAUGUUGCUAACCCUGGAAUCAAGUUUACAACCGUUCUGUUUGCCAAAGAGACAGAUUGCCUUCUAGUGGGAGACAGUGAUGGCCAGGUUGCAGUCUACGAGCUGAGAAAUAUGCCUACUGCUUCUGACACUAGCCGGGGAGACGUAAUCAACAUUCUGCUUGGGCCCAAGACAAACCACACAGGAUGAUCUGUCACUCUCCUUACGCUUUGUUCUUCUCUAACGGAAAGGGACCAACAUCAUCUGCUGUAAGCUUAAGAGUCUGACUUGAAGAGAGCAGUAUGUAGGCUACAACUUCCAUUCCAAUUGACUUAGCUUUUAUUUCAGAAACAAGGGAUUAGUUUGUAAUUUAAGAUAAGCUAAAGAUUUGUGCUGGGAUUGUCUUAAUUUUCUAAAGAUAUUUCUGUUCCACUUCUUGGUCAUAUUUAAAAUACUUAUUAGCAAGUAUGUAUACCUAUAAAAUAUCCCAAUAGCUUAGAAAAUGGCUUCUUAAAAAAUUCAGACACUUUGAGGAUUACUUAAGACACAGUCAUUAGAAAACACAAUUCCAACAGUGUCAAACUAACUUCCCAAGCUUGGCUUUGGGGGCUUCCAACUGCACUGCCACCUCGGGGAGCACAGUGAGCACUCACACGGGACUCAGAACAUCAGUGCUCCCCACUUAAACCUGAGCCUGAAACUACAGAACUUUGUCCCACCGAUUGGCAAGCUACAGGACAGAACAACAGAUAUAAGCAUCACAUAUGCUGGCUAGCCAGCAUCCCACUUAUCUGUCAGCAGGGGAACAAUAAUCCGAAAUGCAUUGCUAGCUUCCUCUCAAAGGACCAGAGUCAUCUGCAGAGUCAAAUGCAUUGAGGCCAGACUUAAAUUGUCUUAGAAAGAAAACAGAAGGUCUCAGACAUACAGACCAGGUCAGGGUGUUUUCUAAAGUAGUCUAGACAGAGACUGGGCAGUAAGGGUGGGUAUACACCCACACACACACAACCCCCCACACACACCCACACAGACUUGGAAGGGGUUAUCCAUGUGGGUCACCCUAACUAGUGUUCAGGUGUUGAAUGGGGCCAUAGGGCGUGACAGCCUUUUCUGUAAGGUGUUUUGAGUGGAGGAAAGAAGCCAGGGUGUGUAAAUUUCACAAAAAAUUUGGAGAUCUUUUGUGUCUAUGGUGGUGAUAAGAGUCCACAGGGCAGUGAGAACUACCUACUACGCAUAGCCAUUGCUUCAUGGUCUCCAUUUCUUUGGAGCUAUGUGUUAGACAAAAGCAAGGCGAUUUUAGCUGGCUCUUGGGUUUAGGCCAGGUCAUAAAGAUUAGAUAUUUUCUGCUGGCGUAAGUCACUGUGGUUGGCUUUCUAAAAAAUAUUAAACUGUGUUACUUUGAGUAAGAAAAAUAAAAAUUUGAUUUAGUUGAAAAUGUAUUCAUUUUAUUUUAAUUCCUUUUAAUUUAUAUUUUUUUCUCUUGUCUUCAUCAAGCCUAGCUGAGAAAUAAAGGCAUUAUUUUGGACCCUGGACAACUGAUCUCAGGAUUGGACCUACUCUACUUCAUUUUUUUUUCUCUAGAUGAUGCAGGCUUAAGUGAUUGUUUCCUAUGUGUAGACUGGAGAGUGUUUGUGUGUUUUAUAUUGAGGGAUUUCACAGGGAAUUUCUUUGCCUGUUUUCUAGAAUAGCUUUGGUUCCUUAUAGUAAACUCCAUCGUAUGGGAAUCCUACCCAUGCCUUAGUCAUCCCACCUGUAAGUACAUAUGCACAUGUGUGUGCAGUUCGGAACAGCAAGAGUGAUGACUAAGGUCCAGCACCAGGCAGUCGUUACUUAGGCUGGUCGCUCUCCAUGAGGCAUCUCUCAGGCAGAACUUGCAGUUAUCUGAGCCUGCUGUUUAGCUAGCCAUACUGCCAGCCAAUGGAAGAAAGGACAAUGCAUUCUCCACAAUGUGUAAUUAUGCAUCAUAUUUAACAUUCAUUUGGCUUACUUCUAAACAAUUAUGUAUAGUUACAAAUGAGAAAUUAGAACACUUAGUAUCUGCCUUUUUGUCUCAGGAGUGCAGUUAAAAGAAAAUGUUGAAAGUUUAGUUAUCAAUAUGCUAAUAAUAAUGCAUAUUGAAGCUCUUCACAAUUCACAUCCAAUAGCUCUGUUUAUUUAUCUUAAGAAUCUUGAGACAAGUCGAACAAAUUGUUACAACAAUAGUAUCCCUUUCCCAGAAGUCUAUAUGAGGCUUAAAGGAGUAAAACCACACACUGAAGACUAUUCACUGCCAAUUUGAAAGGAUGGAAAUCAGAUUCUCUUUGUUUUCAUUCAGUUUGUUGUUCAGAAGAUAAAGUCUUCAUAUAGCCCAGGCUAGACCCAAACUCAGGAUCCUCCUGCCUCCACCUCCAGAGUGUUGAGAUUACAGGCAGGCUCUAGCCAUUCUUAUACUUACUCUCCUGCUGGAUAAGCGGUUACCAUUGUGUAAGUGCUUAUUAUUGUAUAAGUGGUUACUGUUUAUAAGUGACUAUUCUAUUGUAUAAGUAGAACACCUACUUGGCUUCUGAAAUCUACUGCAGAAUACAGCAUACAUAAAUUUUAUAUUUUACGGUUUAAUCUAAAAAUGAUAAUACUUAUAAACUUGAUUUUCUCAGUGUCCACCUGCUACUGGGCCCUGAUGACAUGUGUCUAUUCUGUGGAGAACUUCACAAGACCCAACUCUUCAUUCAUAAAUGCUCAGCUCAUGUCCCAUCUUCUCCAGACAGCGCUUUCUACAGUCCCGACCACAAGACUGACCAAAACAAAUUUGCCUUGGCGGAGUGGGGGGCUUUUUUAAAAAGUAGGAUCUCACUAUGUAGCUCAGACAAACCUUGAACUUGUGACCGCCCACCCCCACCUCUUCAUGGCUCUUUGUUAAAUGUUCUCAGACCUUCAUGAAGUUGGUUUUCCCCAUAACACUGGCUCAGAAACGGCUGUUGAGGACUCUGAAGAAGUUUAUAUCUUAAUUGUUACUUUUCUUCAUUACCUCACUCCUCUCACACUGCUAGGUCUGCCUGCACAAGUUUAGAGAGGUAUGUAACACAUUGAAACCAUCUGGCCAUCCUUUAGAAGCAACGAAUCAGGAAAAGGAAUUUGGGACAAACCAUACACAUUAAAUUUUAAAAGAACUAUAGCUCUUUCUCAGGGUAGAAGGCAUGAGGGGAAUAAGACACGUGAAAAACAUGUACAGGAAGUUGUACAACUUAGGAGAGAUGACAGGCCACUUUGAAAAAUCAUUCCCCAAGUAACCAGUGCCACUCAGAAGCAUCCAGAGCCACCGGAGCGGAGGGUCUUGCACUGGUGGUAGAGCAGGCUUGACACAGAAGGACACUAUGGUUGUUUCUAGGGACGGGCAAGGAACUUGUGCUGCCACUAACUUAUUUCAUACAUGUUUAGUGUGACCCGGAAUCAGAAAAUAUUUGACAUAUAGAAAAUAUAGCUAUAGUUCUUAGAUAGAACUAAGUUUCUCCUUUUUAAAUUUUAUCUUUUUAAUUUUUAUCUUAAGCUCCUUGAAGAGAGGGAUAACGUUCUGGGAUCACCACACUACCUCAUCAAGUAGGACUGCAAGAAAUACCUUUUGAAUGCAAGCAUCAGGGAACUAUAGCUUCUUUCCCGAAGGUUCUCAUCACAACGUGGUUCAAUAUCUUGAAUUUCCUCAAAACCCUAAGAAAACAUUUUAGCAUCAGAGAGGAUAAAAUCUUUUAUCUGUGGUACUUAUAGAUCACAUAGAAUCAGCAUGGAAAGUUCAUGAACAUAGCCACAGCUUUUCUUCAUUUUGUUAUCAUAAAAUCUAUUUCUCCCCUCAUUAUAAAAAGUAGUAAUGAACCCAUGGUCACUGUGUGCGUGCGUGCGUGCGUGCGUGCGUGUGUGUGUGUGUGUGUGAUGUGUGAAGAUUGCUGUUACUUUGUGUGAUUGUGUUCCCAUGAGCGAUUUAGGAAACGAGGUUAUCUAAUGUAAAGCAUCUAAAGAAAUGGGUGCAUAGCUCACUCUGAUCACCCAGAGCCGAGUCUCCUGAGAGCCUCUUUACCCUGCAUAAUCUGCUUGCCUUCUCUUCCCCUGCAGGAGAUGCAUGUUGUCCUGGUGACAUCGUUGACGUUUUCCUGUAACAUUUAGGCUUCACGAUCUGUUUGUUCAGGACUUUGUUUCAAAUUCCCUCCGAACUUGUAGAGCCUUUGCUAGCAAAUUAACUUUUAUGUGCUGAACUCAUUGUGUCGUAAAACUCAAAGGCUGACCAUUUACAUGAGACCAAUUUCUUGAUUGAAUAGAAAAUGCAGUAUGUCCACUAAAUCUGACAGAUAAAAAACAUUGUUGUGACACUUAGUAAAAUGAGUGUUUGCUUUUAAAACUUACCAAAAAAAAGAUAUACAACAUCAAAAACAACUCGUGAAAAAACCCUGUAUUUUCACCAACUAUGUAUUGUAUUUGGGUACAUUUAACUACAAGAAGAUAGGGUAGCAUUACUCCAGCAGAGUCCUUGGGAGAUCUACAUCAGAAUUCUGAUGUAGUUAGGGAUAGAGACAAAGAUAAAUAGAUGGACUUUGGUAGUUUUCUUCUUUGGUUGUUAUUUGGGUGUUGGGAGUGGAAUUCAGUAAGGUGACGCAACCAUACUAUGUCUGGGCUAUUCCUUGAACUCGUGAUCCCCCAGCCUCAGCUUCCUAAACAGAAGGAAUUUCAGACCUGCCCUUCACCAUCAAGGCCAGAUCAAUUUUAUUAAAAUUUCCAAACUGUA